GCGGUGACGUCAGCGCGCGGCGCGGGCAGGCGGCAGCAAUGGCGGCGGGGCCGGUAGCGGGUGCGGGAGGAGCGGGAGCGGCCCCGCCGCGGGGCGUGCGCGCCUGGCUGCGGAGCGCCUUCCGCUUCGCCACCGACCGCAACGACUUCCGCAGGAACCUGCUGGUGAACCUGGGGCUGUUUGCUGCCGGGGUCUGGGUGGCCCGAAACCUGACAGACAUCGACCUGAUGGCCCCACAGCCCGUCCCAUAGGAAGGAGCUGGAGCUGCUGGGAGCAGAGCUCACCUUCCCACCAGGACUGGAGCUGUGGAGCUGCUCUGAUCCCUCUGGAGCUGUUCUGAUCCCACCUGGAGCUGCUCUGAUCCCUCUGGAGCUGCUCUGAUCCCACCUGGAGCUGCUCUGAUCCCACCUGGAGCUGCUCUGAUCCCACCUGGAGCUGCUCUGUUCUCCCUGGAGCUGCUCUGAUCCCACCUGGAGCUGCUCUGUUCUCCCUGGAGCUGCUCUGAUCCCACCUGGAGCUGCUCUGAUCCCACCUGGAGCUGCUCUGAUCCCACCUGGAGCUGCUCUGAUCCCCCUGGAGCUGCUCUGAUGCCACCUGGAGCUGCUCUGAUCCCACCUGGAGCUGCUCUGAUCCCACCUGGAGCUGCUCUGAUCCCCCUGGAGCUGCUCUGAUCCCCCUGGAGCUGCUCUGAUCCCACCUGGAGCUGCUCUGAUCCCACCUGGAGCUGCUCUGAUCCCACCUGGAGCUGCUCUGUUCUCCCUGGAGCUGCUCUGAUCCCACCUGGAGCUGCUCUGAUUCCUUUGGAGCUGCUCUGAUCCCACCUGGAGCUGCUCUGAUCCCCCUGGAGCUGCUCUGAUCCCUCUGGAGCUGUUCUGAUCCCCCUGGAGCUGCUCUGAUCCCCCUGGAGCUGCUCUGAUCUCCCUGGAGCAGCUCUGAUCCCACCUGGAGCUGCUCUGAUGCCACCUGGAGCUGCUCUGUUCUCCCUGGAGCUGCUCUGAUCCCUCUGGAGCUGCUCUGAUCCCACCUGGAGCUGCUCUGUUCUCCCUGGAGCUGCUCUGAUCCCACCUGGAGCUGCUCUGAUCCCACCUGGAGCUGCUCUGUUCUCCCUGGAGCUGCUCUGAUCCCUCUGGAGCUGCUCUGAUCCCUCUGGAGCUGCUCUGAUCCCACCUGGAGCUGCUCUGAUCCCUCUGGAGCUGCUCUGAUCCCUCUGGAGCUGCUCUGAUCCCACCUGGAGCUGCUCUGAUGCCACCCUGGAGCUGCUCUGAUCCCACCUGGAGCUGCUCUGAUCCCCCUGGAGCUGCUCUGAUCCCACCUGGAGCUGCUCUGGAUCCUUCCUGUCCUGCCUGGAGCAGUGACAAGGACAAAAAGUUUCAUGCUGAGAGGGAGAAUUGGUUUCCCAUUGAUUCAUUUCUUUGGGAUUUUUUUUCCUUGAGGAUGUGCACAGGAUUUCUUCCUGUACCCCCCAGAUGUUUAUUAAAGUUUAUGGAAUAACAACACAA